AUGGCCGUGUGGCCCCUGGAUGUGCAGUACGUCGGUCUGAAUCCACGACCGGAUCAGCAGCGAACGUGGGUCUCCCCGGACGGAUGGGACGACGGCGAGCCCCAGUUGUGCAAGUUGCAGCAAAGCCGACAACCCGCGCAGUCCCUCAUCUCGGAGCAACCAUCUUCCACCGGUCCCUUGGCUGCCGCAAGCCCAUUUUCUGCUGGUGGGGGCGACGCAGCCAAGAUACGCUUCAAGGUUGCGACUAGUGGCCGGACUAACAACAGCCUCAAUAUCCGUAAGGUUGACAUGUUGGAGAUUGAUUAA